AUGGCUACCCCACACGGUCACUGUGACCCCGCAUUCAACCGCGUGCGUGAUCUUCUCCAAGAAAAACUGACUUCGGGAGAAGAACUCGGUGCCUCAAUUUGUGUCAACAUCGACGGAAAGAACGUCCUCGAUAUCUGGGGCGGUCAUGCAGACGCCACCAAGUCACGCUCAUGGGAAAAGGACACCCUGAUCGUCGUCUUCUCAUCUACCAAGGUAGUCACUGCCCUGGCAGCGCUGAUCCUCGUUGAUCGCGGCCUGCUAGACGUCGAAGAGAAAGUGUCCAAGUACUGGCCGGAGUUCGCAGCUAACGGCAAAGAAGACACGAGAGUGUGGCACAUUCUCAGCCACGCCUCUGGUCUGCCGCACUGGGACGAGCGCAUUUCCAUGGAAACCAUUUACGACACAAAGGCUUCGACUGACCUGCUCGCUGCGCAGGCUCCGUGGUUCAAGGCCGGGGAGUCGUCUGCCUAUCAGCUCGUUGACCAUGGUCAUUUGAUCGGCGAGAUCGUACGACGCAUUAGCGGCAAGUCAUUGAAGCAGUUCAUUGCCGAUGAGAUCGCGGGCCCGUUGGGCGCGGACUUUAGUCUCGGUGUGGCCGAAAAGGACUGGGCUCGUACGGCGGAUAUUGUUCCUGCUCAUCCUGCGCCUAUGCCAGAGAUGGACCCGAAAAGCGUUGUGGGCAAAGCCUUUGGCAAUCUUACGCUGAAGGCUGAGGAUGCCCAGACCCCUGCGUAUAGAGGGGCUGAGAUUGGUGCCGUCAAUGGGUUUGCAAAUGCGCGUUCUCUGGCUCGCAUUGGGUCGAUGGUGUCCCUGAAAGGGACUGUUGAUGGGAAGCAGUAUCUUAAGCUAAAGACUGUCGACCAGAUGAUACAGGAACGGAUUAGUGGUGUCGAUCUGGUGUUGUUCAUGAACGUGAGAUUCGCCCUUGGAGUCGCCCUGCCGGUGCCGGAGGCUAUCACCUUUGUCCCCGACGGAAAUAUUUGCUUCUGGGGAGGUUGGGGCGGAUCUAUGCUGAUCAUGGAUCUGGAUCGCCGAAUGACUAUUGCUUAUGCCAUGAACAAAAUGGGGGCAGGGAUCUUAGGAAAUGAAAACUCCAAGGCUUACGUCAAUGCGAUUUAUGAGAUUAUGGCAGACAAGAAGCCGUCUGUAUCCCUGUGA